AUGCAGUCCGCCAAAGCCCCCGACUUCCUGGACGCCGGGGCAGUGACCCGUUCCCGCAGCCCCAGUGUCGUCUCGACCGAUUCGCAGUUUUCUCGAGUCAACCUCAUGUCCCCGCCGUCCGUGACCCCAGCACCAGGAUUCAUCUCCUCGUCCGCGGCGACGGACAUCAUCUCCGCCGACCAGGAAUUCAAUGCGGCCGAUUUUAUCGCCGAGGACGAGUCCGGGUCUGGCGCCGCGCUGGUGACCCCGGCUGCUCUCUCCCUCCUCAACGCAUUCCUCGAUAACCUUCUAUUCAACAUUCUCGCGGCCUCGAAAUCAACCCAGCUGGCAUGCAUUCGACCGGCCAUGGCCGAAGUGCUGAAGCCCAGACUUGCCAAAGAAGUCGUGGCUGCGGCCGAGGAGGAACUGAGUGAAUACAUGGGUGGCGCGGACGACGAGCAGACUGAGUUCCGUGGAGGCCAAGAGCCUGGCGGUGACUUUGAUCUUAUUCGCUCGUGGAAAUUGACUCGUCUACGAUGCAUGGUCUACACUCGACUGGGCGACAUGGAGGAAGACGACGAGGAUGAAUUUAUUGCGCAGGAUGGUCUUGGCGAGACCGAUGGGGCGCCACGCAGAUUUACUAGUCAUGUCGACAACAUCACCCCGGCAGCGUCGAUUUUCCUCACCUCCAUCAUCGAAUUUAUCGGCGAACGUGCGCUCGUCAUUGCCGGCGAGACAGCGCGGUCUCGACUGGUCUCGAAGCUCAACGAUGGCGAUGAGGUCAACGAAGCCGGCGACGAACGGAAGAGGAUCGAUCGGCUCGUGGUGGAGGAUCUCGACAUGGAGAAGCUCGCCCUGAACCCGACCUUGGGCCGGCUGUGGCGGACGUGGAGGAAGCGCAGACGCGGAACCACGCUCUCUCGGACUCUGUCUCGCGAAUCAUUUCGCCGUCGUGGAUACUCUGGCGUCAGUCGCAAGAGCAGCAUUGCCACUAUCGAGGAACCGAUGACCGCCAGUGAACCUCUCCCUACGCAAUCCCCGCCACUCGACCCCGCCAUGGUCCCCCUGCCAAUGAGCGACUACGAUGUACAGGAGAUCGAGGUUCCUGGCUAUACGGGCGAUUUGGAGGGCGAGGUACAAACGAUGCAGGCCGUUGUUGCUCACAAGGUGCGACCGCGCAGUCUGAUGGUGUUCUCCUCGCCAUCACUUGCGCCAAGAUCUCCUGGCGGUGAUAACUCCCCCGUGAGCGCGUCAGCCAUUGAUCCUCCCAAGCUGGUCCGUCAUGUUCGUUCACGGUCCCUACCAACUGCGGCGACCAACGCUCCAGCGGAAGCGGAAGCGGAAGCCACACCAGACCAACCUUCGCCCACCCCCUCCGAGAAAAAGCGACUCGAGACUAUGUACGAGGAUGAUGAGUCCGCAGAAUAUGUGGAUGCAGCCGAGACUGCCCCUGGCGUUGCGAUCACCACAGAACACGAGACGUCACAAUUGCCCGAGGAUGCGGCAGAAGAUUCUGAUAAGGCGAGGAUGUCUGUCCUGCAUGAGGAAGAAGAGGAGGCGCCUUUGGCGGUUAACGAGAUGGUCGCAACCUUGCGCGCUGGCACAAAUGACGAAGAUCUGACCGAUCAAUCCAAUAGUGCUCGGGUCUCUGUAGCAUCACUGGGCGAUCGGUCGAAUCAGAAAGAUCCCGAAGUCAUUGAGGGCACAGGGUUGUGCGAAAAGCCUAAAUGGACCUCAUCGAUUAAUCGACCCAAACGGAAAUCAUCUAGGGAUGUCAGUCUACUGAAUGCAAGGUCGAUCUCUGCACAAACUAGUGGACCUGAAAUGCAAGCGGUUGCGGAGAAUCAACCCCCAACGCAAGGGAUGGAGACCGCUCAACCCGAGACACCAAAGAUACCUGUCGAGGCUAUCGAUUCUUCUACUGAUCAAGAUGCACCCGAUGGCGAUCGGAAUAAAACAGCCAUGACUUCCACACCCCCACCUCGGUCUUCUGACGGCGUCGAAGUCGAGAAGUUCCAAGCAUUCCUUUCGUCUCCCGAUACAUCUCGUCCGACUUCUGCUGAUAGCGAGCGCUCUCAAACUUCGAAAACUCGCCCUAGACCUGCUCCAUUGUUGGUACAGAGCAGCAACCGAAGCCCUACCACUAGUGAACGAGCCGCUGUUCAGCGCAUGAGCACCAGGCCAUCGACAUCGGUCUCUUCCUCCAUACAGACCAAAACCCGCCGCUCUUCAAGCUUCGGGAGUUCACGCGAGACCAAGCGCCCAGUGACUGCUGGUUCUACUACAUCUCAGGUGUCGACAAAGCUGAAGGGUCUCAUGGGUCGACCACAAGGCGAUUCUCCGUCGCUUCGCCUGCGCAGCUCGUCUGAAACGAGCCGGGCAUCUGGCGGCAGCGGAGAUUCUGAUAACGAAAUUGCCGAUUUGGACAAGUUGAUCAACAGCGACGAGACUAUCCACUUCACACUCACUCCCCGAAGUGUGAGGGAGAUGACCUUCCCUGAUCCUCCCAACCGACCAAUUCCCCGAUCAGACACGGCAGACACGUCCGACCUGGCUGAUUUCCUGAAGACCACAGCUCCGCCAGGCGAAGAGAAACACCGUUCUCGCGCCUCAGUCUCUUCUAAAGCCACCGGCGAGAUUACUCCAGUCUCCCGAACCAAGUCUAUCGAGUCGCCCAAGCACAUUCCACUUUCCACGCGCUUGACCAACCGACCAGCAAAGCCCAGCAAGCCAGCCCAGUCGGCACAGGAGCGGGAAGCACGAGUUCCUGCGGACGCGACGCGUGAAUUUGCGGAUUUCAUCAAGCCGCCCGGCGCUCCAAAUGCGCCGUCCCAGCCCAAGACUUCUACAUCUGUUGAGCGCGCACAACCUGUUCGACCUCCAUCCAGUCGAUCGACUGCCUCUCGCGGAAACCGGCCUAGACUCGAGGCUCGCUCUGCCGAGACCAGUGGCUCUCAAACUUCAGAGCUCAUUGAUUUCAUUCGCGAGGGUCCUCCAAUGUCAGGUGCUCACCGCAUUCCUCGCACGGUGGCUCCCUUCCGGAACACCAUUGACUCGGAUGAUCUCCAAAUAGACAACACUUCUGGGCACACUACCUCAGGCUCCAUCGCCAGCACUGGUAAUGGCUCCACACCCAACAAGUCCCUGACAUCCCUCGGCUCUCGCACGGGGUUACUGGACUCAAACCGAAACAAGGCCUCGGCAUCGGGAAGCGCGCCUGCAUCUGAGGAUCCUGCUCCUCAGCGGAAGCAACGUCGCGUUCGAGACCCGUAUGCCAUCGACGACGAUGAUGACGAAUAUCUGGAAGAGCUCCUGAAAUUGGAAUCCAAACCCAAGCCCAAGCGCGAAGAAGAAAGCCUCAUGGAUUUCCUGCGUAGUGCUCCUCCUCCACCCGAGUCUGAAAAGCCCCCUGUGCCAUUCUCGGUGAAUACCGUCGCUUCCAAUGCACGUACGAGGUCCGGUAUGGUCCGCUCUUCUCAGAGUUCCUUGCGCUCCCAAGGCAGUGUCCCGGGCAAGGUCCAGAACAACUAUGCUACGAAGGUUGGAAUGGAGCGGAAUAAUGGCAUCAUGCCAUCUGCUUCAAACCGCAAAACCGAAACCGGUGACCUGGCCGACUUCCUUCGCAACACUGGGCCUCCAGAGCCCACGGCGCGAGCUGUUUCUUCCCCAGUGAACUCUAAGAUGGGCAAUGGAGGCUUCUCCCGCUUCUUCACACGCCGAAAGAAGGUCGAAUCAUAG